UUUGCGUUUGAGUCCCUGGCUCGGAUCUUUGUGCGCUGCGCAGAGCGCUGCGCAGGACCCGGGGGUGCUCCCUGCUGCCGACGCCUGCACCAGCAGCCUGCUUCGGCCACUGCUGCUGCUGGGAAUCGCUUUGUGAGUCAGGGCAGCCGUCUGUGGGCACCCUCGUCCGCCCGUGUGGGCAGGGUCCGCUGGCCUCACAGGUUAGGCCUUGCCGUGGCGCCUUGCCGUGGUUGUGUAGUCUAGGGAAGGGCCUCAGCCAUGGUCUCUGCCCUUCCACACACGUGUAGAGAUAGGCCAGGCGUGCUGAGCUGGGCCGUCUGUGUGACAUGCACCAUCCAGGCUGCCCCUGCGUGCCUCUUGGAGCCUCCGGCUCAGCUGCUCGCCGUCCCUCUAGCAGGUCGGAGCGGGAACGGAAUUGGUCUGAAUGGGCGUGUGUUUGUUUUGCACUGUCAAGUAGCAUCUCCUGCUGCCUGGGAGCAGAUGGUGCUCUCUGUGAUGUUUGUGCUGUGCAAGUGUAAGCUCCUGGCAGCUCAGGGGAGGACAAGCUCUGAACACCUUCCCGUGUUCUCUCAGCAAAGCCUGGGCAAUCAGCUUAGUGCUUCUCCCAGCCACCAAGAGCUCAGGUUUGAGAACUGGGGAAGUGCUUUGAGGCUUAUCUCCAGGCAGCAGUGGGAGCAGCAACACUGACCUUUCCAGCUUUUCUGGCAGGACACGGUGUUGACAGGAGCUGCAUCUUGAGGGAGGGUUGAGGGCUGGGAGAGUGUCACUGCCAAGACACUGAUUGUGUGAGCACUAGGCUGUAGCAAGCUACACUACAGCAUCAGCAUCAGCCUGCUGCUGCUGCUGCCUCCGCCUCGGUACUGCAGCCUGUUCACAAGGAACUGAGAGCAAUUUGUGGCCUGGAGUUCAUCCCACCCUGGCAGGGGGCUGCCCUGGGGACUGGGCAGCGGCUGAGUUGAGAUCUGCUGUCCCAUGUUAUCCACGGCUGUCCUGUCCUUGAGCUGCACAGCUGAAUGGAGUCUGCUUGCUCUGCAGGUGCCUGCUCGCGCAGAGGAGAUCACGAUCCCAGCUGAUGUCACGCCUGAGAAAGUCCCCACGCAUAUAGUGGACUACUCAGAAUCAGAGCAGACAGAGGAUGAACUGCAGGAGGAAAUCACUAAGGCCAACGUAGUCUGUGUGGUGUACGAUGUCACCAAGGAGGCCACGAUCGAGAAGAUCCGCACGAAGUGGAUCCCCAUGGUGAACGGGGGAGUUGAAAAGGGCUCCAGGAUCCCCAUUAUUUUAGUGGGAAACAAGUCUGACUUGCAAGCGGGGAGUUCCAUGGAUGUCAUCUUGCCCAUCAUGAACCAGUUUUCGGAGAUUGAGACUUGUGUGGAGUGCUCUGCUAAGAACCUCAAGAACAUCUCUGAGCUCUUCUACUAUGCCCAGAAAGCUGUGCUGCACCCUACUGCCCCCCUGUAUGACCCAGAGGAGAAGCAGCUGAGACCCGCGUGUGCGCGAGCACUGACCCGGAUUUUCAAUCUCUCGGACCAGGAUAACAACCAGAUCCUUAGUGAUGAUGAACUCAACUAUUUCCAGAAGUCCUGCUUUGGAAACCCCCUGGCUCCGCAGGCCCUGGAGGAUGUGAAGAUGGUUGUGUGGAAGAACACCACGGACGGGGUGCAGGACAACGGCCUGACAUUAAACGGCUUCCUCUUCCUCAACACACUCUUCAUCCAGAGGGGCCGGCAUGAGACCACCUGGACCAUUCUUCGCCGCUUUGGGUACGACGACGAGCUGGAGCUGACGGAUGACUAUCUCUACCCGCAGUUCCGCCUGCCCCCCGGCUGCUCCACAGAGCUCAACCACUUGGGCUACCAGUUCCUGCAGCGGCUGUUUGAGAAGCAUGACAAGGACCAGGAUGGAGCCCUCUCGCCCACAGAGCUGCAGAGCUUCUUCAGCGUCUUCCCCUGUGUGCCCUGGGGCCCUGAGCUCUACAACACGGUAUGCACCACUGAUAAAGGCCUGCUUUCCCUGCAUGGAUUCCUCUGCCAGUGGACGCUCGUAGCCUACCUGGAUGUCCGGCACUGCCUGGAAUGCCUGGGCUACCUGGGCUACCCCAUCCUCUCGGAGCAGGACUCCCAGACGCAGGCCCUCACAGUGACCCGGGAGAAGAGGAUUGACUUGGAGAAGGGUCAGACCCAGCGAAAUGUCUUCCUCUGCAAGGUGCUGGGAGCCAAGGGUGCAGGCAAGUCCGCCUUCCUGCAGGCCUUCCUCGGCAGGAGCCUCGCGGCCCAGAGGGAGAACCGAGGAGAGCCGUCCCUCUAUGCGAUCAACACUGUGCAGGUCAACAGCCAGGAAAAAUACCUCAUCCUGUAUGAGGUCAGUGCCGACACAAAGCUCGUGAAGCCAUCAGACACAGCCUGCGAUGUUGCCUGUUUGAUCUAUGACCUGAGCGACCCCAAAUCCUUCAGCUAUUGUGCCAGUAUUUAUAAGCAACACUACAUGGACAGCCAGAUCCCCUGCGUCUUCGUGGCCUCCAAGACAGACCUGCCAGAAGCCAGUCAGCAGCCUGGGCUCUCCCCCACGGAGUUCUGCUAUAAGCACUGCCUCCCGCCACCCUUCCUCUUCUCCUGCCAUGGCCAAGGCCCACCUGGCACUGCCAUCUACACCAAGCUGGCCACUGCUGCCACCUUCCCCCACUUGAAUGCUGCGGAGCUGGGAGCCGCAUCCUUCUGGCUCCGGGUGGCUCUGGGGGCUGCGGUGACUGCCCUGGUAGGGUUCACGCUGUACCGCGUACUAGCCAAGAACAAAUGAGAACUGCUCUCCACCCCGUUCUCCCCGUGCCACCAGCCUCUCCCUCCCAAAUGAUGCUCCAGUGAGGGGCCCUGCGUCGAUCUGCUUUCCGUGGGAAACCCUCCUUCCCCCCAGCCUCGACUGCAGAACCAGCGAAACCAGACCUCUCAGCACCAGCAGGAUAGAGCCCAGCAGGCAAUUCCAUGGUACCAGCCAGCCUAGCCCUGCUGGCCCCUGCAGCCUACUCACCUGCGUGGCUCACGUACCCAGCCGUGGUAGUGGGGCCCUGCCAGCCUCUGCCUUGGGGGUCCAGCCUCCCUGGGAGUCAGAGGAUCACCUCUCUUUUAUUCUGGUUAUUUUUUUAACGCUUGUUUUUAUGCUCAGACGUGUUUCAGUAUCUGUCAGGCCAGGCACAUCUCUUUCCCCAGAGAGCUGUGCUGGGCCCUGCUGGCGCCCUCAAUUCUGUGGGAGAUGUUAUAUAUAUCUUCCCAGAGCCCCCUGGGACUCUGGCAGCCCUGGCAUUGAGACCGUGCCAGUUUCCGGGCUGCUGCAGGAGAGCUGCUGAACGGGCUAAGAGUCCUGGUCCCAUAGGGCAUGUCUCUGUCAGGAGUCCCCAUGUCCCUCUGCCAGCAUGGCCCAUGCUGGGAACGGCAGCUGUGGGAAGUCUGGGGGCUCACCCUGUCCGGGUCCUUGUGUUUUUGGGGUCACUUGGCUGCUGACCCAUCCCACUGUCCUGUUGGGCCACUGUAGCAGCAGCCCCCAGCCCUGGGCUGCAAGAGAAACGAGCGAUACCAAGACCUGUCGCAGGUCCCUUCUGUUUCUAGCUUGUGUGCAAAAUACUUGGAGUCCUGCAGCGUGCCAGGAUCUCAGCCCAUCUGCCCUUCCUGGCCCAGCUGGCAGCUUGUGCCAUCCCCUCCCCACCCUUGCCCUGGCCACCAGUAUUAGCGGGGGUGUAGGAACCAUGGUAAGCAAGAGAGGGCUGCCAUGGGGUAGGGUGGCUGUUGCACUCCUGAUGGUUGCCAUUCAGUCACUGGUCAAGAUGAGCUGUGGCUCUUUCCUGGCAGUGUCACCAUUGAGCUGGUGCCACGCGAUGCCAUGCGUUGGCUUGUGGCCCUCGUCCUGCUGUCCUCCCCAUGGGGCUCAGCCCUGGCCUGGCUAGCUUUGCUGCUCUGAGGGCUGUCCCAGCACAGGGUGCUCAAGGUGUCGCAUGCCCUGGUAGAACUGGAAGCUGUUUUCCCCCUUGGGUGGCCCUGUCCCCCUGUCUGGCUGCGUGAUGGUGUUAGUUGCAGGGCAGCUGACGUGACUUCAGUCCAGCACAAACCCAGGGUCCCAAAGAGCGAGGCCAGCCUUCGCCGGCCCCUCCAGGCUGGCUCCCCGCUCAGCUUCCACCCCGUUGGCUCGUGCCCUGGUUCUCCCUGCCAUGCCAGCGUGGGAGCCCAGGUAGGCUACUGAUUAAAUGAGUGACAUUAGUCGUUAGGCUUUCAAGCACGCUCAGGGUAGGCUUAUUUACAGUCAGCUUGUGGGGCAGCACCAGGUUAGAACGAACAGCUUUUCUAUACGUUUGUCUAUUUAUACCUUUUUUUGUGGCCUGGAGCCAGUGAUGGAUUUGAGAAGUCGCUCGGCUGCACCCAGCUACCUCUUGGGGGGCGAGUCCCGGGGUGGUGCCCCUGGCCGGGGCGGUGAGCUGAGCCUGCGGGAAGGCGCUGACGACAGCACUGUCCCCAGCGCCGGCCCGGCGAGUGGC